GGAUGGAAGACCCGUGUAGAAGAAGGAGAAGAAGACGGUCCGAUGUCAGCUCCGAGGAUGAAGAUAACGUUUGGAGUGGGAGUGAAGCUACAGCAUCACAAGCGUCUGAGUACGAGAGUGGGCGUGAGAGCGACCAAACUGACGAAGAGCUUUCUAGACUUAAUGAGACUCCAGCAACCGACAAAGAAGACAACGGCCUCCCCACUCCCGAAGUACAAUCUGGAGCAGAGGAAGAUGAUCCCUUGAAAACUGCAGCCGCUCCAGUUGAAGUAAAUGAAGGAGAAAACCAAGUCGAAAGGGUCGAUGAGGGUGAAGGCAAAGAUGAAGAAGAGGGUAAAGGCAAAGAUGAAGAAGAGGGGGAAGAAAAAGAAGAGGUGGAAGAGAAAGAAGAAGUGAAAGAAAAUAAAGAGAGGAAAGUCAAAAAAGUAAAGGAAAACAAAAAACGAAAUGAAGGGGAUGAAGAGGAACUGAUCAAUGAAGAGGAAGAUAACGAGGAGGAAGAUAACGAUGCGGAAAGUGAUGAGGAUAAAGAGAAGUCAGAUGAAGAAAGCCCCACACAUGUGCCUAAGAGGGGGAUGUUUUAUCAGCAUGACGACAGAAACUAUUCCAACCCAGAUGACAAGAGGUCACGUGGUGCUCGAACAGAUAACACGGGCCGAGUUUGGGGUGGUAAGAAGGAGAAGAAAUGGGUCCAUGAUAUGUUCGAUGAAUCUGAGCAGAAACCUAAGGAAGAUUGGGAAAAAGAGAAGCCUCAAAGGCGGAAGCGAGAAGGACCACCAAAGAAACACCGGGAGAGUGAAUUCAGGAGCCUUGUACCAAGAGACGAGGGUAGAGGUCCUCCCCCUAACCCUUAUGUCCAGACUGAAUCCUCUGAAAUUGGAGUAGGACCAGAUCCUAGACAGAACACGCGAAGAUUGAGCCGUGAGGGACGAGGCCGAUCUAAACACAGGUCGAAUGAGGACCAGAGCAGAGUAGGGGAUCGGGAGAACGAUAUCGGCAAGGAGUCGUACCGCAGACCCAACUACAAUAACGAGUCUGGUAAACCAAAUCAGGGCCCUCGUGAACGCGAGGACAGAAGUCACUCAGGAAGACGGACUAAGCCAGAUCCACGAGAUCGAGCGAAGAGUCCUGAGGGAGAAAGGCACGAACGUGAAGAUCGCUCUCGAAGUCGGGGCGGCAGACGCGGCGGCGGCGGAUACAAACCGCAGAAAUUCGACAAAGUAGAAAUGGCAGACUCGUAUACUGUAGGAGUAGGAACAGGCACGUCACCUCCUGAGGAACUAGUGGAGAAAGAACCUGUCCCCUCCGAGAGGGGAAAUAGUAGAAGAAGAGGAGGAAAUAGGAACAAUCCGGACGGAGAGCUGGAAAAAGAGCGGGAAGUCAAGCACCGAGGCAGAGAUCGAGACACCGAGCAGAGACCACGAGAAUUUAGCAGAGACUUUGAUCGAGACCGAGAAAGACCUAGUGCUGGCAAACGACGGGGUGGAGGCAGAGACAGGAAACCCCUUCGUUACCGGGACUACGAUUCUGAUGACGAUGAGUUUGAGGACGAGCCCGACAAUACCCGCCGACCAGGGAGACGAGGCCGUGAUAAUGAGGAUGAGAUCUGGAAGCAGCUGGAGCAGCUAAGGUUGGAUCAGCUGAGAUUAGGCCUGGAUGUUCAGCGUGUAGCCACACAGUCCCGUCACAGGGAGGAAGGAGGGACGGUCGUUGGCAAAGGUCGCAGUCGACACACUCGCACUUCACCCAACCAAAACUCUCUAAUCUACAAGAUCGCUCAAGAGAAGGCACAAGAAAUGGCUGCCAACCACUCUAAUAGCAGUCCUACAGAAUCAGACCAGGAGGAAAGAGUAGCUGUAGCCUACCAAGAUGCUGAACUCCCACCCAGUCAUCAAGACAGAAUGCCUGUAGCAAAUAUGCCUGUUUUACAGCAGCCUAAAUUCAAGAGUAUGACAGUUCAAACAGAGGGCGAGAUAGUGACAGUUAAACCAAAGCGAUACUCACAGCGAAGCAAAAACGUGGAUCCCACUGCCUUGAGAGAGAAAGUUCGAGAAACCAUGAGCAUGGAAGAUUACAGCAGUCAAUACCCCGGUGUAAACCACAGCGGUAAUGGUGGAGGAGGAGGUGGUGGUGGUGGUCAUGGUGGUUCUUAUCACCCGGACCCUAACUACGCUAACUUCAACCCUUACGCUCAGGAGUUCAUGUUAUCAGAGCAGGACCGUCAAUAUGACCAACAGAUGCAGCAGAUGAUGCUUCUCCAGCAGAUGUCGAGGAAUUAUGCUCCGCCACCGGGGAAUACUGAUUAUAUCCAACAAGCGAUAUUGCACCAACAACAGUUACAGCAGCAGCAGGCGGCCAUGAUGGCCGGAUACAUGCAGCAGCCCUCCCGGCAUGGCCAUCCGCCAAUGCCUCACGAACAUGACAUAAUGACGAGUAAUGGCAUCAAAAGGUCGAACAAAGCAAUUCCUAUCGUCGAUCCGACCACUCAAAUCCACAUGGCUCCUGUCAUCCACGAGAAUUAGAUUUCCAAAUUUUGUCAUGGUAACUUUUGUCAUGUUAACCUCAACGUGACAAGUGUGACAUCACCUCGUCCCUUCGUCUCGACCACUUCAACUCAACCGGGUGAAAGUUUUGAAAAGAGAGUAGAAAGUGGUCGUUUUUGCUCGGCCGAUGUCAAAUUGUUGUUAGUUAUAUUGGCUUGAAUUUGACGUCCCGCCUAUAAUGUUUUGAGGAGACGCGGGUUGUUGAGCUCGGGAAUUAUGUAGUACCGUUUUAUCCAAAGCCCCGUCAGUAGAAAUUUAUUGUAAUGAGAGACAAAGACUUUUUAAAGUAAAGACAUUACGUGAAUGCUUGCUUCAAUCAAUCAGCAAUAUUGUGACGACUUAUGAAGAGUACAUUAGCAUUAGAUUUAAAUUUCUUUUAUUGAUUUUGUCAUUUUUGUAAAUGCCAAUGGCGAACGUGCGGUCUUUUCGUUGUCGGACGCGUGCUUUUAUUCAAUAUUCGCAUAAUUUCAUGAGAGUGGAACAUAUAAUUUAUUCAGUGUAUAUUGUAUUGAAGUAUUGACUGUUUUGAAAUUACGGUAAGAAGAACUGGCUUAUUGAUUAAAUUAGUCCCUUAAAUACUGUUUGAACCUGCUUAUACACCCGUUAAGUUAAGUGAAGUUAAGUUAGAUAAUAAUUGUAUUAAGUUGAGUUGGAUAAUAGUUAACGGUGCAUUGAAAUCAUCAGUGUCUAUUGCCAUUGGCAUCUUUGAAAGAGUAACAUGAUACCAACUGUGAAUUCCCACUAUUUUUACUAAUCCUGAAUAGAAUGCAUGGGGAAUACCCAGGUCAGUUUAAACUAGAGUUCACUGCUGUGAAUUAUGCGCCGUUGCCCGACGCCCGUUCAACAUGAACAAUGUGACCAAGUACCUGCUACCUAGUACUUAGCUGCAAUGCGCGUCUUGGAACGCGCUGAUUAUUGUUCUCAGUUUGAAGAUCGCUUUACCAUACAAAACGGCGUCAUCGCCAUUCGCAAUUUAUUCCAAAACAAUGGGGAAAAAUUAGAUUUUCGCCAUGGCCAUUCCAACAAUAAAUACUGCGAUAUGUAUAACAUUAUGAAAACUAAUAAUUAAAGAAAGACUACGGUCGAUUGUUAUAAAGGAUAUUUCUCAGUGUUAUCUUUUGGAAAUAAGAUUGUAUUUGUUAUUAUCCGGAUGAUUUGAAUCUUCUACAAUUUCCUAAA